AUGAACCCACCACGACCCCGCGUUUCGUCCAGUCGCGUCGGCGAUGGUGAAAAGCCCGGUUUACGCGGCGGCACAGCUUCCCCAUUACAAGCAGAAAAUAUGGAUCAUCGUGGAAGCACGUCGUCUCAGAAGAGCAAAGUUCCACGGGAUCAUGUCACAUCUGAAAAGCGAACCGAACGCCAUGUAGUUCAGACGAAAGAGAAGCUUCAAACCCGAACAAGGCACCCAGUGAGGGAGUCACCCAGCGCAGGAAAUCGAGGAGAUGGAGACAAGUCGCGCUCGAGGCGGCCGAAUACGGCGACCAACCAUAGCCCUGAUGUUCGGAAGAAGGAGAAGGAGACCCCGGAUGCACCAUGGAACCCGCACGCCUCGUUGAUGCCCUACUCUACUGCUCCGUUAGCAACUCGUGUAUCUGCCCCUCCGCUUGCCUCUGCGCUGCCUCAGUCCCUUCAUCCGACGCCGCUACGCGAGCUGCCUACCGAUGCGCAAGAAAAAGCGAUACUGGAAGAUCUUCUAUUUGUGUUCAUGGGAUUCGAGGGCCAAUAUAUUCAAUAUCACUCUCAGUAUGACCCAACCACGGAAAAGAUCCGUUUAACAGGGCCGGAUUUCCAGCUACCGUCUGGAUUAGAUCCAACGCUGAGAGACCUCACGCGGUCCAUGCUAAAAAUGGCGACGCAUUACAGUGCUCUUGAAGCUUUUGUGGAAGUCCAAAGUCGCGCGGAAUAUGGGGCAGUGAGCCACGCGCUAUGUGCCGUAAUUCGGAAACUACUGAAGGACUAUUUGAUCCUCGUUGCUCAGCUAGAGUCUCAGCUACUCAACAACCCAACAUUCACUCUUCACCUACUCCAUCUCCAUACAAUGCCUACCAGCCAAUGUCUAGCUCAGCUAUACUCUUUAGGUCAAGAGCUGCUCAGACGAAACGGUCUCUUGGAUCAGGAUCUCGAUGAGUCGAUCGAUGACUUUGAUGACGUUGAUAAUAUUCUUGAGCAACUCAGAGAAGGGGGUGAUCUUAUUCCUGGGGCAAUGUCUAGCAAGAAGAUAUGUAAAGGAGGCAAUGUUUUGCGGCUGCUGACCGAGCGGCUGGCAACAUUUUCAGGCGAUCCAACCACGAAGACACUCCUGGAAACGCUCCUACGUGAAGCUAGCAGGCCAUACAUGACAAUGCUCAAUGAGUGGCUUCAUCAUGGAGGAAUCAAAGACCCUCACGCGGAGUUUCUCGUCAAGGAGCAGAAGUGGAUUAAGCGAGAGAAGCUGGAAGAAGACUACACGGACGAGUACUGGGAGAAGCGCUAUACUAUCCGCGAUAAUGAAGUGCCCCCGCAGCUCGAUAGCGUCCGAGACAAGGUUCUUCUAGCAGGCAAAUAUUUGAACGUGGUACGGGAGUGUGGAGGUGUGGACGUUAGCAAGGCGGUUAAGGAUGUCCCAAAAACAUUUGAUGACCCUCGCUUCCUAGAGAACGUGAACGCCGCGUAUACCUAUGCCAAUGCUUCCUUAUUGAACCUCCUCUUGACCAAGAACUCUCUCACCACUCGCUUCCGCUCCCUUAAACACUACUUUUUCCUCGACCGCUCCGAUUUCUUCUCUUAUUUCCUCGAGCUUGGGACAUCCGAGCUCCGCAAGCCUGCUAAAAACGUUAACGAAAGCAAGCUGCAGUCGCUCCUUGAUCUAGUGCUGCGCCAACCAGGCAGUAUCGCCGCACAAGAUCCAUUCAAGGAAGAUGUAAAGGUCCGGAUGAAUAAAAUUGGGCUUACCAAAUGGCUUAUGCAAGUUGUCAGCGUCUCUGGGAUUGACCAAGAUAACCCAGAGGCGGCAUUGGAGAAGUACCAAGCGCCGCAAGCAGGCGGCGAUGACGACAAGGACAUUGUUGGCUUUGAUGCUCUCGAGCUUGAUUACUCCGUUCCAUUCCCACUAUCCCUGGUUAUCAGUCGCAAAACAGUACUCCGAUAUCAACUCAUAUUCCGCCACUUGCUAUCACUUCGCCAUCUCGAGACCAUGUUAUCAUCUGCCUGGCUGGACCAGAGCAAAACUAUGGGCUGGCGCCAUAGGUCAUCCGACCGACGGCUAGAGAUGUGGAAGAGGCGCGCCUGGAUUCUCCGGUCGAAGAUGCUUGUCUUUGUCCAGCAGCUACUCUACUUUUGCACCGCAGAAGUAGUUGAACCCAACUGGCAAAAUCUUAUGAAUCGCAUGAACGGUACUGACGCAGACGGGUCGGAAGUAACCGUAAACGGCACUAAACAAGUCAACCGAACUGUUGAUGAACUUAUGCAAGACCAUGUGGAUUUUCUAGACACCUGUCUUAAAGAAUGCAUGUUGACGCAAGCUAAGCUGCUCAAGAUCCAUUCAAAGCUCCUAACCUGCUGCACGAUGUUCGCGUCGUGGACCUCGUCACCACUGGGACGCGCUCUGACUUCAGCCGACCCAGAGCUAAGCUCAAACCCUGCUACCUCUGACGGCCGAGGCUAUGAUCCGAGUCGAAUAGGGAAACUCGAGGACACACUGAAGCGAUAUGAGGACCAUUUCAACCGCCAUCUCCGGAUUCUCAUGGACAGCUUGAACUACUUCGCCGCAACGGAGAGCGUCGUCCUGCUGAAACUAGCGCAUGCCCUGAGCUCUAUCAGUAAGGAGGACUGA